CCUACUCGUUGAUGGGCUUGUUGUUGCUAGGUGCGCGCGCCGCCGCCGCCAGCUCUCGCGAGGGCGCGUACAUCUCGCGGGAAUGUGCAGGGAGACAUGUCCGGGGAGUGAGGCGAGGGUUCCCAAUGAGAGGAUCAUGUCGAUCUCACGAUUUGGGUGAUCCAUAGUAUGGCUGCUUCCCGUUCGACGCGCGUCACAAGAUCUACCGUAGGAUUAAACGGAUUAGAUGAGAACUUCUGUGGCCGCACCCUGAGAAACCGCAGCAUCGCUCACCCGGACGAGGUCAUUCCCCCGGCGCUCUUGAGAUCUAGGUUCCCUAAGAAAAGGCCGGAGCCUGCCCAGAUCCAAAAGGGAAGCCUCGGCAAGGGCGGCGAAGUCAAACAGCCAGGCCCCCGGGAGCCUUGGGUAAGCCCAAGGAAGAGAGGUCUGUCCAUUUCGGAAAAAGACGGUUGCGACAAAGACAUUGUGGAAAACAGCGACAAGAAAUCGUCGGGAGCUUUGUCGCCUGUGUUGAAGAAAAUUAAGCGUUACCUUCGUUCUGAGGAACCCAGCAGUCCGGAGGAAGAAGUGCCCGGGUCAUUUCACAAGGAGCCCUCGGGAAGGAGGAACUCUGAGUCUGACCAUGAAACAGACACAGCCCGUUCUAAACAAGCUAAUCGAUAUAUUUUACUGGAUGAUAGUAACCAAAGGGAGAUCAAAACGGACCCGGAUUCCGAGGAGAUUGUAAAGAAAUCCUUACCUGAUGGGGACGUGUUUAACCAUCAGAUUGUUAACGGUAUUGACAACAACGAGACUGCUGCUGUAAACUGUAAUAACUGUCCUUCAGACGGGAGUGUCAAACAGAAUAAUGCUAGUACGGUCACCUCCCCGAAGGAGCUGAACUUAUCGGAGAACGGGAGUUCGCUGACUCCCCGCUGCACACCCGCUAACAGCGAGACGGACAGUCUUUCAGACCAUAAUGUGCCUUGCACGCACUCCGAGGAACAGGCAGGCAAACAGGACCAUGAAUUAAACAACUGCCUACCUAUCGAUCACGUCAAUCAGACCAAUGAAUCGGCAGGCGUUUCCUGCGCCGAUGCCCUGCUGAUGAUACGGGAUUCUGAGGAGGAACUCGACGUUGUAGGCGAUGGCGUUUCCAAGGAACAAGCUGCUCACUCCUCAAACAGCGUACCCAACCCCAAUCAGGACAAGCCUGUAUGCGGCGAGGAUUUUCCCAUGUCCGAGGUGGCGAAGGGCUCCUCGCUCGAGCUGUGCUCCUCCGACACCCAAGAACAUAGAUAUACCUUAAGAACUUCCCCGAGGAAGGUCGUAUCUGUCAAAGACAGCUCAUCCAAAAAUGCCUCUCCGUGCGGGGAGAACGGACAGGCCGAGGAGAGUUCCAACGAGGGUAGCAGUAGACUUUCCUCUGCCGUUAACGGAUCCGUCGCCACCGCCGACGAGGCGGCUCCGAGCGACAAAAAGCAGACGUGUCCCUCUGCAAAGUGUUCGCAGGAUAAGCCGGCUGCCCGCGCCUCCUCCAGCACGGGGUACGCGGCGCUUCCCGCCAAAGAGAGCGGCAGCGUGCAACCUGCAGAGGAGGAAGAGGACGAGCCCGACGUGUACUUCUUUGAGUCCGAUCACGUGGCUUUGAAACACAACAAAGAUUAUCAGAGGCUUUUACAGACUAUCUCAGUGCUGGAGGCUCAGCGAUCACAAUCCGUGUUGGACGUUGAGAACUUAGCCGAUCGACAGAAGGACGCGCUGAUCGAUCCUAUUGGUUUUGUGGAGAAGCUUCAAAAGAAGAUGGACAUCGGGAUACCGCGCACUCAGAGGAUCGUCCAGUUACCAGAAAUUUCUUGGGACCAGUAUACUUUAGCUCUUGGAAACUUCGAAAGAGAGUUCAGAAACCGGAAGCGGAAUUCGAGAAGAGUGAAGCUCAUUUUUGAUAAAGCUGGGUUACAUGCCAACUCUCAGAGAACAGGAGAAAAAGAUGGAGAGCCUUCCUGUUAUUCUGUCCUGCCCCAGAGUGAUGAUCAGGAAUGCUCUGUGAUUAACAUGUCCCAGGUAAGAGGCAGACUCUGUGUGGACUCCAAGGCGGGAACCUUCAAUCAGUUGUGGACAGUGGAAGAACAGAAAAAACUGGAGCAGCUGCUUUUGAAGUUCCCCCCGGAAGAGGUGGAAUCCAAGCGGUGGCAAAAGAUUGCAGACGAGUUAGGAAACAGGACGGCCAAACAAGUUGCCAGCCGAGUGCAGAAGUACUUUAUAAAACUGACCAAAGCUGGCAUCCCAGUGCCAGGGCGAACUCCAAACCUUUACAUGUAUUCUAAAAAGCCUCCCAGUAAGCGACAGCAUGUCCUCAACAAACAUCUGUUCAAACCCUCCACCUUCAUGACAUCACACGAACCACCUGUGUUCAUGGAAGAGGACGACGACCACUCCAGUUACCGGGACCUCGACGCAGCUGCUGACGAAGACGAUGAAGUCUCGGAUGAGGAGUCCAUUCCCGCUGCUUGCCGUGGCCUACAAGAGUAUAAAGAGCUACUUGAACUGAAAAAACUGAAGAAGCAAAGACUCCAAGACAUGGAGGCUGACAGUGGCUUCGUGCAGCAUGUUGGCUUCAAAUGUGAUAACUGCCGGACAGAACCUAUCCAGGGUAUCCGGUGGCAUUGCCAGGACUGUCCUGCUCAAAUGUCUGUGGACUUUUGUGACUCGUGCUCAGACUGUUUGUACGAAACAGAAACCCACAAAGAGGAUCACCACCUGGAGCCGGUGUACAAGGCAGAGACAUUCCUAGAUCGCGAUUACUGCAUGCCACACGGCACCAGUUACAAUUACCUGGACCCGAACUAUUUCCCAGCAAACAGAUGACGUGACCCAGCCACGCAGCCGGCUGUGUAAUCGUUUGCAGACACCAGGGGGCAGUAGAGCGGACCAUGCAGUUGUCAGCAGACUUCCGGCUUCCUUCCGAGACUCUGCUCGCAGACAGCUCCCUCAGACUCCACUUCGCACCUACAGCAGUCCAACAUUCCACUGGCGUCCGGGACAGACCUCCCUGGGGGGGCACGUCCGCUACAGGCCGCCAGUCAGUACCGGGGACUUCCGAUUUAUUUACAACCAACUCAUGGCGCACGUUACAGCAACUCCUCAUCUUUCCAAAGGCUUCCGACGAAAACAAUAAUCGGUCAAAACAAAUGUGAACUAUUUAUAUUAAAACUGGUUUACUAGCUUGCAGUUUUGUGAAAUGUUAUUUUUCUCCUUUUUUGCACAGAAACUGACGUUUUCAGAAGGUUUUAACCAAUCACAGUGUUUGUUUAGAAGACGCUACUGUUUAAAA